AUGAAAGAGAACGACAUAGCAGCGUUGCAACUCAACAAAGACGUUAUCGCUGACGCUAUCACCAUGACCAACAUCGAGCGUUUCCUACAUCUUUUACAGCACGCCAAAUCGAUGGUAGGGCUAUAUGGACCUUAUAGCAAGCAACCCAAUACAACAGUUUUCUCGCGCGAUGUGAGGCCGCCUCGGCAUCCGAAGCCUCAAGACCCAUCGCUCAACACUCUCGCCCUCUCCUUCGCAGCAGCGCAAGAUUGCACAUAUAGCGCCCAACCCGCUGGGUCAGGGAAGGAAGACCCAGACCUCUUCACACUCCUGUGGGACUGCGCAGUCGCGGUCCUUGAGGAGAUACUCGCUAGAGGCUCCCUUCCACAAGAGUCUUUCGGCUGGGGUAUCUUUGGCCUUUCCGCUGGCUACAUGCAUCCGCCUGCCCGCGAUCUCACCGCACAAAACGUCUUUCUGAGCAACAAGCGCCGACUUCAUGACGCGCUGAAUGUGUUACCUUCUUUGAAUCGAGAGACGAGUAGCGAGUAUGUGGUAGGCGAGAAGAAGACUACGGCUUUGCUCACACGGGCUCGAAGGGAUAUACACACACUGGGGCAUAUCUUGUUACACGAGUACAAGCUCAGUAGCUGGAGGCGAGUGAGGUGGUUACAUACGAUCGCAGUUGCGGAGAGGUGGGUUGGCGCUUUCGGACUGAAACCGAAGAGAGAGCUAGGCGUGUUAAUAAAGAGGACGAAAGAGGUGGUUUGUGAGGCAACGAACCCACCAGGGAAGAAGGUGGUAAAUAACAACGUGAGGUUCGAAUUUCCUGAUGUUAGCGCCCAGGAUUCACAGGGCGUCAUAGAAGAAAGGCCAGAGCGAGAGAGGUGUAAUGAGAGGACAACUUCACAUAUAGAAAGACGACGUCGGAUUACCUAG